AUGUCCGACUCACCGACACAGCCUCCGCAAUCUCGCUCGGUGACCCCACCUGCGGUGCUGCCCGAGCAGGCAAUCAGCAAUCUCUCUCUCGGGGUAACGCGUCCCGCUGUCUCCCACCUACCGGGCCCGCGAUGGCUGGACAGUCAGCACGGCUCAAGCUCGCCAUUGUCCGCAUCCACGUCGAGUCGCGCGACCAAUGCGUCCGACGACCUCCCCACUGGCCCGGUUCGUUACAUCGAGGCUUACACGCCCGAUCGGCGGCCUCGGUCUCCUCGGACACCCGCCGCUCCCGUGGCCGGCGUGACUCUCACCGGAUCACCGGGUCCCCCAUCCCCCUCGCCAUCCGCCGUACCCGCUUUCGCGUCAUCUCUGGUACCUCUCGGUCCAGAUGCUCCUCCGAGGGACCUUAGCGGCUGGUACGGGUUUGAUUCGGGCACGAAGUGCCUGGCAUCUUCCAUUUCGGACGAUUGCCGGGUCAUGUACGAUGGAAUGCGUGUGCCAGCCCGACUUCUGUCGCCGACAAGCGGCGUUCUGGCUGGUGUCUGGGUACGAUCCAUCGUACCCGCCGUCAUAGCGGCGUCAGACCGGCUCGGACUCGUUUUGUCAACCGUCGACCUGGCCCGGGUCGCUCGACCGCACGGACUAGAGGCGGAGACGGACAUCGCGGACUCGGCGGCUGUACAGGUGGUCUGGGUCGGAGUCAGGGAUUCACCAGGAGCUUGUCACCUGGCAAGUCAGCUGGUGGAGGAGGUGGCAAGCUUCGUGCGGGAUCUGGGUCUUGUCGAUCUCCAUGUGGAGGUCCAUACGUGUGUGGUCCAGCUCCUGGCCGCCCCGAGCCUGCUUCUUGACGACCCAGAGAGUUCGGCGCGGACGGAGGAGAUCUGCUUGUCACGAGGGAUCGGCCUGGACAUCGCGCGAGCUUCGCAGGAAACCGUUCGCUCAACCGGGGGCAUGUACCUGCGCCUGGGCGAUUUGCCGGGCCUCUACAUGUUAAUGGCCCAACACUGCGUAGCGUCGUCUGCCGAAUCGCAGCGGCAGCCUUCUGAGGUGGAGCCAGGGGAGAAUAUCUUCCUCUUCUGCCCCCUUGCCCUUCGGAAGCGCAUCAUGGCCAUCGAUGAGGCCUCCACGGUUGCUCGCGUGGCCGAACGAGGCCCCCUUUCCAGGUUGGUCAAGGGAAGGGCGUUGGAGACGGACGAGCGCAAGUUGGAGGAGGUUACUGCUCAGCUGGAUCGCCUCGCGAAGCUGAAGCGGAAGCUCGCCUCGGACCUAGCGGAGGUGGAGGAUAGGAUCCUGGGGCAGGUAUGGGCAUAUCCCUCGAUACGCCUGAACGUCCGCGAUCAAAGCGUCGACUCUCCGAUCGAGGAGGUCGGGUUCACGGAGGACUGGUGUCUGAUCGAGCUGGAUCCUGCGGUCUUUGGAGGGGACCUUACGGAGAUAAACUCCAUACUGCUCCCCGCACUCGCCGCACUCGAGUAUGCACCAGAUCCCCUGCCCGAUGAUCUGCGCCUCCCUGUCCAGGGCUUCUUGCCUCUUCGAGAGAUGUCGGAACGGUCAACGAAGGUGCUCAAGCGAGGAGCCGCCUCGGAUCUGACAUUCGGAUGGGCAAGCCCAAUACGUUCCUUCAUUCGGAGGAACGGAAGGGCUGAUUCGGCAACCUGGGAAAUACCAAUUUUCCCCAAGGUGCCCCUCAAGCAGUUCCUUGCGGGAGGGGAUUCCGGAUCAACCGUCGUUGACUUGGGCGGGCGUUUGAUCGGGAUGGGGACUGGCGGGCAUGCGAACGAUCUCCCUUUGGAAAAGGGAGUGGACAUCAGCUACGCUUCUCCUUGGGAGUUCCUCUUCCAGCGGAUCGCAGCGUUCACCGGUCAUGAGCCGAGACUCGCGUGA